UGUGUAGAGGGAGGCUACACGAAACCUGACACGAAACACAUUCUCGAUUGCGAUUCCAUUGUUCUGUAGUUCCGUGUCAAAAUUAAUAACAUAACCUGUUUUAAAUGGUAAACUGGAAACAGCUGAUAAAAGCCCAAGAACGACUUUUAUCCAUAAUUUAUCAUUUUUCCUGAAUGAAUUGAUUCCAGUUCAGUAAUCAUGACUAUUUACAACAUCUAUAUAUUCGAUAGAAGAGGCACUUUAUUGUAUUAUCAAGAAUGGCACAGAAUAAAGCAAUGUGAAAUGACCAGGGACGAGGAAGCCAAACUAGUUUAUGGAAUGCUGUUCUCUAUCAAAUCUUUUGUUAGUAAGAUGUCUCCUAUUGAUAGUAGGGAAGGUUUUCGGUGUUAUACGACCUCCAAAUACAAAUUGCACUAUUUCGAAUCACCCUCUGGCUUGAAAUUUGUUCUCAACACUAGUGUUGAUUCGGAAGGUGUCAAUGAAAUACUCCAUCAGUUGUACAGUCAAGUCUAUUUGGAAUAUGUAGUAAAAAACCCACUUUGUGAUUUGGGUUCCCCAAUAAAGUCAGAAUUAUUUGAAACCAAACUUGAUAGUUUUGUGAAACAACUACCAAUUUAUCCUAGAGUUGCCUAAUUGUUUAUAUGGAUGCCAAUGUAAUCAAAUUUUGUAAAUACCCUAAAUAUUAUGAUAAUAAUUAGUCUAGCUACUUCAUAUACUGUUCAUUUCUUUGUCAUUUCCUAGCAAUAUUGAUAUAAAAAGUGAACUGCAUGAAUAUAGUAGCUGAAACAAGAAAAUCACUCAACAUGCUUGCUUUUCCUAUAUAUGGGGUUCUUAUUUGCCAGUUUCAAUUGUGGAUAAAAAUUUAAUGUUUCUUGUCCAUGGAACACCUGGUUCAUUUAUUCUUGGUAUAAGAUAUAUAGGAUCUAAGAGGUUUACAAAAUUAAGUGAAUAUUUCACACACACAAGUAUUCUUCUACCCUCAUUACCUAAAGCACCAGGCCCAAUCAAUAC